AAAACGGGAUAUAUCCCGACUGUUAAAUUCCUGUAUUCUGAUACAAAGCAAAAGAAAGCAAGCAUCGCUGCGGCAAAAGCUGCGGGCUAUGGCCGCAGCUCUGAUGGAGGAGGUCCCUUUCCACGUAUUAGAAGAGCGCUAUGCGGAUGAUGAUGAGGACGAAUGCGGAGAGCAUGGCACGUCACAGGCCAUCCCUCCGCCGCCAGCCAAAGAGACUGCCGGCGCAGCUGUCGCUGCGGAGGACCCAGCGGCCGGUAUAAUCGAACAUGACGACGAAGAUGAGGCGUUGGGGGACGACGAUGACUUUGAUAGCGAUGACGAGCUGGCCGAGGCCCUUGAAUGGGCAGACAUGCGCGAUGAUCUCAUGAACCGUGGCAACGCUGGGAUGAACUUCACGUCGGGGCUCCUCCGUCGGCCUAACGCCGCUGGCGGUGGUGCCAACCGGCAAGGAGUGCUGCAGCCUAAAGCUACUAGCAUGCAGCGUCUGGACCACCACAUGAACAGCGGUCGCAUGGGUGCAGGCGGCGGUGGCGGCAGUGCCGUACUGGACGACCCCCUAGACGCGCUGCACGGCGUGUCUGCACGUGUGUCCACCUCGGUUGCCAACGUGGUCCGCACCUCGGCCAUGCGGGAGGGCACGUCGCGCAUCGCAGCCAAGGACAAGAGCGACCGCGCCACCGUGGAGCAGGCCAUCGACCCGCGCACGCGCAUGGUGCUGUUCAAGAUGCUCAACCGCGGGCUGUUCACGGAGAUCAACGGAUGCGUGUCCACGGGCAAGGAGGCCAACGUGUACCAUGCAAGCGGGCAGGACGGACGAGACAUGGCCAUCAAGAUCUAUAAGACGUCGAUCCUGGUGUUUAAGGACCGAGACAGGUACGUUUCCGGCGACUACCGCUUCCGCAACGGCUACUGCCGCUCCAACCCGCGCAAGAUGGUCAAGAUGUGGGCGGAGAAGGAGAUGCGCAACCUGAUGCGGCUGCGGUCUGCCGGCAUCAACUCGCCGCAGCCGCUGCAGCUGCGGCUCCACGUGCUGGUGAUGGAGUUUAUCGGGGAGGACGGAGUGGCGGCGCCGCGGCUGAGGGAUGCGGGGCUGCCGCUGCCACGGCUGCGUACGGCGUACACGGAGAUGCUGAUGGUGCUCCGGAACCUGUUUCAGAAGUGCCGCCUGGUGCAUGCGGACCUGUCGGAGUACAACAUCCUCUACCACAAGGGAGAGCUGUACAUCAUCGACGUGAGCCAGGCGGUGGAUCUGGACCACCCCAAGGCGCUGGACUUCCUGCGGGAGGACUGCAAGCACAUCAACGACUACUUCCGCCGCUGCGGGGUGGCCACACUGUCGGUGCGCGAGACGUUCGACUUUGUGGUGGACCCCGCCAUCAACGAAGAGAACAUGGAUGCGGCGCUGGAGCGGCUCAGCGAGCUGGCGGCGAGCCGCCCCAUCAACGUGGCUCCCGAGGAGGAGGUGGCCGAGGCGGUGUUCCACCAGGCCUUCAUCCCGCGGCGGCUGGAGGAGGUGGUGCACUUUGAGCGCGACCACGAGCGGCUGCAGCGCGGCAAGGACACGGAGGGCAUCUACUACACCACCAUCACGGGAAUGAAGCAGGACGGCUCGGGGGCGCGCGCGCAGCCGGUGGUGCUAGGGGAGACGUCGGCAGCGGCGCCUGAGGUAGCAGCGGAGGCGGCUAGUGCGGCGGGGUGCCAAGGGGGAAUGGCGGAAAAGGGGCGGUUAGCUGAGGAUGUGCAGGCGGCGAAUGGUUGCGAGGCGCAGCCGCCCGCAUCAGCAGCCGUGGGGCCGAGUGCAGGGUGUACGGCAGCGUCUGGGUCAUCACAGCCGGCGUGCCCUAGCGGGGACCCUGCAGCGGACGGUGGGGGCGAUGACGAGGAGUGCUCUGGGUCGGGGAGUGAUGACGAGGACGAUGAGGAAGGCAGCGAAGAGGGCGAGGGCGGGCCGGGCGACAAGGACGCUCAGCGCGCAGCCCGCAAGGCCCAUAAGAAGGCUGUCAAGGAGGCGAACCGCGAGAAACGGAAAAGCAAGGUUCCUAAGCAUGUCAAGAAGGCGAAAACGAAGGGCGGGAAUAAGAAGAAGUAGGAGCGCUUGGGACAAGCCUAGUGACGCAGGAUGAGUAGCAUAUAAUGGGAUGCAUACUUUUUUCCUUCUGCAUUGUUCCUUUUGGCUUUUUGUGUUCAGUGUUUACAGUGACCACGGGGGGAGCUAGGAUAGCAUGACUUGCAUCUAACUGUAGCAUCGAACAUCUUAGCUAGGCUUUUGACUGGAUGGUGACUUACGCAGGUCAUGAGUACAUGGCAUGGCUGCCGGGGUUCACGAUUGUGCCGACUUGCGACGUUGAAUUGCAAUAUUCAUGAAAUGCCAUGGUUUCCAUACCGUAGCAGCCAUGUGACACGCAUCAGUCACGCAGCGGGUUAUUGUGGAUCGGACCUUCGAACGUUCCCCGGUCGGGUCGGCAUGACAGGUUGUAUACGUUUUGAACCCAAUGGUUUAUGUGCAUUUCAUCGUAAAACAUUGCAAUAUCUGUGCUUAGGG